AGCUUGCGCACCGCUCUGUCGCCAUCUUUGAUGCUGGCGAUCUCACCAACCGUCGCCGGUGCCGUCCCUUCCCACCAGAAGAAACCGGCUCCGACUCCCCGGGACUGAAGCCCAUCCCCCCCGCCCCCCGGGGGUAGAGGGGUCAGGGCUGGUACCGGGGGGGGAUGGAGGGCAGCCCCCUCCCGGAGCCGCUCCGCCGGAAGCUCAGUCACUUCAGUCAGAGCGUCUUCAGCAGCAACAACGUCCCGUUGGACCGGAGGCAGGCGGCCUGCCCCAUCGGACAAGAGAGUGCGACCAGUCUCCCUCUACAGAUAUGCCUCUGCUUUAACCUCUAUUUCUUCCCGUUCUGGUGGCUGUGUGAAAUCAUCAUGUUGGAGCUGAAGUACCAAGUGCUGAGCACUUACUACCGCAUCGUGCUCACUGUCCUGCUGGUCCUCAUCUCCCUCGUUGAAGUGAUCCGCCUCUAUCUGGGCUACAUUGGCAACCUUCGGGAGAAGGUGCCCGAGUUGGCUGGUUUCUGGUUGCUGAGUUUGCUGUUGCAGAUCCCCAUGGCGCUGUUUGAUUGCUGUAACCCACGGCUCUUGGUGCUGCCGCUGGAGUACUGUGUGAACGUGGUCUUCAUCGCCAUGCUGCUUACUGAAACCGUGCUCACCUUCAGCAACCUCCGCCGUAUGGUCCACCAGCUGGAGAUCCGCUUUCACAUCACCCACUUCCACAGCCUGGAGGGUCGCAGAGACAGCCUGGCCCUGCCAUCACCAUCACCAGGCCACGGCUUGGGUGCUACCCUCAACGUGAGGCACAGUCUUCCUGCCUACCCACCCUGGGGUGGCACUGACAGCACCCACAACCACGGCCUGACUGCUCAAGGCGGCAUCGACUGGGGCACCACAGCUUGAUCUGGAUUUCGACAAGGGACGGCGCGUGGAGACGGAGUCGGGUACAAUAUCUGGAGGUGCCCUUAUUGGUCUCUAUCCUUCUGUGGCUCUCCUUCCCCCCCCAGCCUCUGGGUGAACGCUGUUCUCCCGAUGAUUAGUGACUGCUCUCUAUCAAUGACCACAUCGACUUUCUCUUAUCCAUAAAUGGAGACUUCCUUCCGUCCAGCACAUCCAACCGUUUGAGAACACAGAAGACCAGCAUCAGCUGUGAACUGAUCCCACACCGACAAUGCCAUUGUGUCCGCAUUGGGUUUAUUUUUCCCAGAUGCUGUUGGUUAAUGGUGAGAUAUUUGCUGAGACCACCCACUAACAACUCUGUCCUUCACUGGCUUGUUACUGCUGGGUUUGGGAGGUGUGGUUUGUGGUAACACUUCGCUGAUAGAGUUUAUUCACUUUGUCAAGAAGUUUCAGAUCCGGUAUAUGAUUCCAUUGGAUAAUGAUAGACAAGAUGAGCUGAGAGUGAUUUCCUGGUUCUGAAGCUGUUCUAUAGAAUGGGGGGAGCAAGGCAGUGUGGUUAGACUCGGGGAGUGUUCAUUCCUGAUCUCUCCCGGCCUUUGGUGCUUGAUAGGGUCAGUUUUCAUUCAUCCCUUGGCCUCAGCGAGGGGAAUCUAUCUGUUCUGAGAAGAUUGUGGUUUGUGGUUUGUGGAUUUACCCUCUCCUUCUCUCACACCCUCACCCUCUCACACACACCCUCUCCUUUUCUCUCACACUCUUGGUCUGUCACAGUCUGACCCCCCCCCCGCUCUCUCAUACUUUACCCUCUCCCUCUCUCUUACGCUCCCUCCUGUCUCUCCCUGUCCUUGUCUCUCUCUCUCUGUCUCUCUUCUUCUCUCAUACACUGUCUCCCCGCCUCCUCUUUCUCUCCCCUGCUCCCCGUUGAGAAUACGUCAGGGACUGGCACUCUGGGCAGUGACAGUUACCUACCUGAACCCUCUCGGCCGAUGACCAAAGCAGCUGCUCACGAUCCCAGGAUGGUGCCCACCUUUGACUGAAGGUUUGUCUGCCAUUCUUUACAAGGAAGCAAACUUCUUUUCCAAGCAAUCCACCGAGGAAAGUGAGUGUGUGACACCAGAGAAAUUGUUGUUGCACUUCAGUAGGCCAUCUUGACCUCCAUGAUUCUUGUGAUGAUUCCCUUUUUCAUUCAGUAGAAAUGUGGAGAGUUCAUUCUGCUGUAUUGGCAGUUAGAUGCACUCUCAGACUCCUCAGUAAAUAUUAAGAAAUUUAGUCUUAAACAGACCCCAAUUUCCAACAGUCCCCACUCUGAGUUGGGAAUAUCCUGACUGACCUCUUCCAAUCGUCACUGACUUAUACAUUUCAGAAGGAUGCAUUUGGUUCCCUAAUUUCUUAUUUAAAUGGAGUCCAACUCAUCUGUGCUGACCAGGUAUCCUGAACUGAACUAGUCUCAUUUGCCUGCCUUUCAUUCCCUCUAAACAUUUCCUCUUCUUGUACCCGUCCAGAUGCCUUUUAAAAGUUAUACCAGCCUCCACCACUUCCUCUGGCAGUUCAUUCCAUACACACGCCACCCUGUGCGUGAAAAUGUUGUCCCUUCGGUCCCUUUUAAUUAUCUCCCCCCCGCUCCACCUUAAACCUUUGCCCUCUGGUUUUGGACUCCCCUACCCUGGGAAAAGACCUUGUGUAUUCACCUUAUCAAUGCCCCUCAUGGUUUCAUAAACCUCCCACAAUGAAGCCACUGGAACACUUAAUAUCAAGCUGUGGAUGCCUACAGAACAUAAAAGACAUCAUUCUCGAGUAUGGGCCCUGGCUGACUCUGUGUACCAGCGCAUACGGAGCAUGCUGUCUGAAUUUUGAAUUCCUUUCACUUCUUUGAUCUGCUGGAUCAUUUUAAUCAGAUGUACGAAAAAAGUGAACAAAUUUAGAAACAUCCAAAAUUCUGGCUUGUUGAAAAAUCCUGCAAUGUGGCCUUCGUGUGAUAGAAAUGAUUUAAAAACUGUCAGCAAAAGGAAGAACUCUCUGCUGGCCUGAGAUGGAGGGGGCCCUGAGUCACCAGAUGACUUCAUGUUGUAAUUUUACUGACUGUUUUCAGGAACUGAUCAUUCUGAUCCUUCGAAACUGACUUUUACAUUUUUAUCGCCCUAAAAAUACUUCUUUUGUACUUUAUUUUCAAGAGUACUUUCUACAAAAUAAACCGUCCUGAGCAUACAAACAA